AAUGACACUGGAAAUCAAGCAGCUGGCGUUGUCGCCUUCUCGUGCGGGCAGACAUUUGCAGCGUUACAAUCAAGGGUUUCGCCAAGUUGUUGGGGAGGUUGGGAACUCGACGAGGAUAUCGAAUUAGCCGCUUUACGUGAAACUUUAGAGGAAGCCGGUGUUACUGGCUCGGGGUUAGCAAAACUAGGCGAAUGGAUUUUCAAGAGCAAAAGCCAAGAAAAAUUUCACGAGGGAUCCAUGUUCGCGAUGUUGGUCACCGAAGAAUUAGACGUUUGGCCCGAGAAAAAUGUCCGUAGACGAGUUUGGAUGACGGUUAAUGAGGCUAGAGAAACAUGCUCUCAUUCUUGGAUGAAAGAAGCUUUGGAAGCUUUCGUAUGUCAAUUUUCGCCGAGAGAGAUAUUAAUGGGAGAACCCUUGUGUGGACUAGAAUUGUGCAUUAGUGAAGAAUUAACGCUAAGUAUCGAGACUCAAAGUUUGGACAAUGAUAUUGGCUGCUAUUUGUUUAGUUGA